GGGCGGGGUCCGGUCCUCUGCUCCUCUCGCCCCGGGGUCCUCACGCCAGAGCCGCAGCAGCAGCGCUCCCGCCGCCCACAGCCUCUCCGCCCCGAGCUGUCCACGCCGCGCAGCGCACCGUCCCCUCCGCAGCCAUGUCCACCAGGUCCGUGUCCUCGUCCUCCUACCGCAGGAUGUUCGGCGGCCCCGGCACCGGCACCAGGCCGAGCUCCAGCCGCAGCUACGUGACCUCGUCCACUCGCUCCUACAGCCUGGGCAGCGCGCUGCGCCCCAGCGCCAGCCGCAGCGUCUACUCCUCCCCGGGCGGCGUGUUCGCCACGCGCUCCUCGGCCAUGCGCCUGCGGAGCAGCGGGCCCGGCGUGCGGCUGCUGCAGGACUCCAUAGACUUCUCGCUGGCCGACGCCAUCAACACCGAGUUCAAGAACACCCGCACCAACGAGAAGGUGGAGCUGCAGGAGCUGAACGACCGCUUCGCCAACUACAUCGACAAGGUGCGCUUCUUGGAGCAGCAGAACAAGAUCCUGCUGGCAGAGCUCGAGCAGCUCAAGGGCCAGGGCAAGUCGCGCCUGGGCGACCUCUACGAGGAGGAGAUGCGGGAGCUGCGCCGGCAGGUGGACCAGGUCACCAACGACAAGGCCCGCGUCGAGGUGGAGCGCGACAACCUGGCCGAGGACCUGAUGCGGCUCCGGGAAAAGUUGCAGGAGGAGAUGCUUCAGAGAGAGGAAGCCGAGGGCACGCUCCAGUCUUUCAGACAGGAUGUGGACAAUGCUUCUUUGGCACGUCUUGACCUUGAGCGCAAAGUGGAAUCCUUGCAAGAAGAGAUUGCCUUUUUGAAGAAACUCCACGAUGAGGAAAUCCAUGAGCUUCAGGCCCAGAUUCAGGAGCAGCAUGUCCAGAUCGAUGUGGAUGUCUCCAAGCCUGACCUCACAGCUGCCCUGCGCGACGUCCGUCAGCAGUAUGAGAGUGUGGCUGCCAAGAACCUCCAGGAGGCUGAGGAAUGGUACAAGUCCAAGUUUGCUGACCUCUCCGAGGCUGCUAACCGGAACAACGACGCCCUGCGCCAGGCCAAGCAGGAGUCAAAUGAGUACCGGAGACAGGUGCAGUCCCUCACCUGCGAAGUGGAUGCCCUUAAAGGAACUAACGAGUCUCUGGAACGCCAGAUGCGUGAGAUGGAAGAGAAUUUUGCUGUGGAAGCUGCUAACUACCAAGACACUAUCGGCCGCCUGCAGGAUGAGAUUCAGAACAUGAAGGAAGAAAUGGCCCGUCACCUUCGUGAAUACCAAGACCUGCUGAAUGUUAAGAUGGCUCUGGACAUUGAGAUUGCCACCUACAGGAAGCUGCUGGAAGGCGAGGAGAGCAGGAUUUCUCUGCCUCUUCCCACUUUUGCUUCCCUGAACCUGAGAGAAACCAAUCUGGAUUCACUCCCACUGGUGGACACCCACUCAAAAAGGACACUUCUGAUUAAGACAGUUGAAACUAGAGAUGGACAGGUCAUCAAUGAAACUUCUCAGCAUCACGAUGACCUGGAGUGAAAACUGCAUGCACUUGGUGCUGCAAUAUAUUACCAGCAAGAAUAAAAAGGAAAUCCGUAUCUUAAAGAAACAGCUUUCAAGUGCCUUUCUGCAGUUUGUCAAGAGCGCAAGAUAGAUUUGGAAUAGGAAUAAGCUCUAGUUCUUAAGAACCAACACUUCUAAGAGAAUUGGAAAAACGAGUUUACAACAUAAUCUAGUUCAUGAAGGCUUGUGCUAGAAUACUUUUUAAAAAGUAUUUUUGAAUACCAUUAAAACUGCUUUUUUCCAACAAGUUAUCUGACCAAUUUGUUUCUGCUUCAAUAAAAUCUUUGAAAAACUCA